AUGUGCAGUCAACAGUCGCUGUACGCCAAUCAAAAAAGAAGAAGAACGGUAUUUUCACAACACCAAAUUUUUGAAAUGGAAAAAUUGUUCCAAUCAACACGUUACCCUACUAUUCUUCAAAGAGAAAAUCUGGCCAAACAAGUUAAUUUACAUCAAUCUACAAUACAGGUUUGGUUUCAAAACAAAAGGGCCAAGUUGCGAAAAGAAUCUAAAUUACAAAAUUCUCAAAACACAUUACAGUACCAUCAUUUGGAAACUAUUGCGUCACCAAGUUCUACAGGUCCUGAUGAGCAGUAUAUUAAUAACAACUUUUAUGACCACGGCUUAAACUUGAGACCAAAUUUAGGAAUGGUAGAGGAAUACGAUUUGGUGGAAACUAUUUCAAGGUUAUUUAAUUAA